UUCCCGUGCUGGUUCUCCGACCUCCAACUCCAAGACGGCACUCCCGCCCCCUCAGACCACUCGCUACAUACAGAGACGAGACAGCCAAAAACCGCCUCUCUCUCGUUGUCUUCUUCCUCCCUCCAAUUUCCCCCCUCUUUCUCCCUCCAAAACCCUAAAACAGUUUCACUGGACUGAAAAUCCCAGAAAUGCCGCCAUCGCUGCCCUCCGUCGAGCUCCCUCCUCCUCCUCCUCGCACGGUGGACCGCCGGAUCUGGCAAUCCUGUGCUGGUUCCUUUGUCCAAAUCCCCUCCGUCAAUUCUAGGGUCUACUAUUUCCCCCAGGGCCACCUCGAGCAGUCUUCUUCUUCGUCUUCAUCGCCUUCUCCUUUCCCUCCUUCCAUCUCCCCGCUCGUCCUCUCCCGCCCAAUGAUCCUCUGCCGCAUUUCCUCCGUUCAGUUCCUCGCCGAUCCCGUCACCGACGAGGUCUACGUCAAGCUCCACCUCCUCCCUCUCGAUCAUCCUUCUUCUUGUUCCUCUUCCCUCGGUGCGCCUUUGCCUCUCUUCCAGCAUCCCGAGGAAGACAGGAUUAUGGCCUACGCCAAGGUUCUAACCGCUUCCGAUGCUAAUAACGGCGGAGGAUUCUCCGUCCCGAGGUUCUGUGCUGACUCCAUAUUCCCGCCCUUGAACUACGAAGCCGACCCUCCCGUCCAAACCCUAACCGUCACGGACGUCCACGGGACUCGAUGGGACUUCCGCCACAUCUACCGGGGGACUCCCCGUCGCCACUUGCUCACGACUGGAUGGAGCAAGUUUGUGAACAACAAGAAGCUGAUCGCCGGCGACUCCGUCAUAUUCAUGCGGAGCGCGCAGGGCGAGAUGUUCAUCGGAGUCCGCAGGUCGGCCAGGUUUAGCAAUGCUGCCAAUUUUGCCAGGUGGCGCGAGCAUUUUGGUACCGGGGAGGAGGCCAAAGUCAAGCCAAAGGAGGACGGUGGCUCCAGGACCAGUGCCAGAGGGAUGCUGACACAUGAAGCCGUUGCAGAGGCGACGGAGCUGGCUGCGCGGGGUUUGCCGUUUGAAGCUGUGUAUUACCCUAGAUCAUGGUCGUUUUCCGAUUUCGUGGUCGGUGCUGAUGUUGUAGAGGCUGCUCUCGGUAUGUUUUGGUCUGCCGGGACCAGAGUUAAGAUGGCUGUCGAAUCGGAAGACCUGUCAAGGGCUACAUGGUUUCAAGGCACAGUUGCUUCAGCUGUGGUUCCAGGUUGCGGGCCAUGGCAGGGAUCUCCUUGGAGAAUGCUUCAGAUUAAGUGGGAUGAACCUGAAGUUCUACAGAGUGCGCAGAGAAUCAGCCCUUGGCAAGUGACAUUUGCUUCAACAAAUUCAUCUUUCCAAUCUGGGAUUCCGGCACCAAAGAAAUUGAGAUAUCCAGACAAGUCCGAGUUGCUGAUGGAUGAUGGAGAGGGAGAUCUCCGCUUUCCUAUGUCAGGACUAGCUAAUUCAACAAUGGGUCCACCAUUGUUGAAUUUCAACAAUUUUCCUGCUGGCAUGCAGGGAGCCAGGCAAAAUGAUACAUUUCCCACCUUUGGUUUAUCCAACUGCGUGACUGAAAAUAGUGGUCUUCAGAUAUCUGGUGCAACUACUUCUUUCACAAAUGUUAUGAUGCCUAAGGUUGGGAGCUUGUCAACUGAGCUGAACAUCGGUAGCUCACAAUCUGACAACUUAUCACCAGACAGCCACAGUAGCAUGCAGUCUUUUGGCACUGAAAUUUUGGGGAAUCAAGGCUGCACUUCUGCAAAUUGUGGCACUAUUAGCUCAUUUCAGCUAUUUGGUCAAAUCAUUCAUUUCAAUCAGCCAGUUGAAAGAAGUUCUGAUGAUGUAAGCUGCAUGGAAGAUCAAAAUACUGAAGACUGCACCAAAGAUGGUCAGAGUGUUAACCAUCUCCUCGACCUGUCAUUGGCUUCCUCUUACACUGAACUUCUCAGUCGGAUAGAUGUCCAGUACCAAAGAAGUGGAGCUGUUGACACAUAUGAACGAGUAAUCGUGUAAUUGAUGUCAAGCCGCAAUAUGAGUAGCUGUACAGGUGAAGUUUGUUUCCUACUUCAGUCGUCUUAUAUCACAUUAAUGAUAAAUAACGCUCGUUAAUUGGAGGACUAUAAUCUAAUAAGAUGUUUUUUUUUCCCUUAAUCUUUUGGUUCUUUACACUGAUCUUUUGUCCCCUGAUGCACCAAAAUCCGAGGCACAAUUGCAGGCCAUAACUAGGGCAUUUGAGCAUUUGUCAUUUUCUUUUUAGUAUCGUGUAGAUUGUCAAGUUACUUCUUCCAUACCUCUGAAUCCAUGCGUUGGAGUAUGAUGGAUGGAACUCUCUUGUUGUAAGUAAGUGAUUGGUCUCGUUGUUAACAUCACAAUCUUCUAUCAAAAUCAUCAGCUAGGUUUUAUAUGUGUGUUUUCGUUGAGGCUAAUGUCGCAUGGGCUUUUUUUAACUGCUUGGUUCUCCUGCUACUUGUCUGGCUAAUGCCACCAUUCUUAUGAACUCACUAUGGCAGGUAUGAUUGAUCCAGCGGGCGGGCAGGCAGGCAGGCACUACCUCGGCAGUAGUAACUGGUGUACGAACGGGGACUCCAAGCUUUCGCUUCCUUUUCGUUUUCGACCCUAAUCGAUCCACUAGCUGUAUGCAGACACUUUGAGGGACUGAUACAUUUGCUUAACUACAGUUGGAUACAGCAGGUUAUGCGUGUUUGUUUGUUCAAAACAGGAAGUAGUAUUGUGUUGUUGAUCUGUUUGUUGAUGUGGUUCCUUUGUACAAGUGCUGCCUCCCCUUUCAUUUAUCAGACUUAUCUCUCGAACGGACGACGAGGUCGAGAGGGUUAAACACGAACCCUUCUAUCACGUUGGCUGAAUUUUACUCUUUUUCUAGUCUGGCACAUUGAGGAUGAAGAAGGAUUUGGAUUGCUUAAAAUUUAGAGCUGCAAAUCAGGUGGGAAGGAAGCCUUUUUCUGCAUACCAAAAUCAGUGUUGCGCGAUAUGGUGCCAAACCAGGUCACAAGGGCCUUCGGCUGACCCAAGUGUUGGUACCUGAACCCGAUAUGGUUUUGAUAUUCUAUUCGAUUAUCGAUUAUUGUGUGAGUACGAUUAUUGUGUGAGUACGAAUAUGAAUAAAAUCUCUGAACUAUUUUAAGUAGAGUGAAAUCCACCCCAAUCCUGGUCCGUUUCCUUCCCUCCUGAUCCGUUCACAUUUGAUGGGAAAGUGACUUAGAAAUUUUGUUAGCAAGUGUGUAAGUAAACUUACCUGAUUGUUCUAAUUUCUAUCAUAAAUCAUAGUACAGUAACUAUUUAGUUAAUGACCCCAAAAUCAAGUGCCCAUUUAUGUAAUUGUCCACUAUUGGAGUAUUGGACAUGAUUUGCCGCCACAUAUCGUAAUUUGGGGAAGAGAAAAUUUAUGUGGAAUGGGAAUUUCUUGGGAACGAAAUAGAAGAAAAAAAAAACGGAACAAGAAACAGAAACAAACGGAAGGAGGAGAUUCAGUGAGAUUCUUUCAAAAUCAAAAGAAACAAAAAUAUGAAUA